UUCUCUUUCCUUUACCACAUGGGGGUUGGUUUUUACUACGGCUGCAGCAAUGAGUUUAAUUAGAGGCAUUGUUUCCACUUUAUACCAUAUUCCAAAGAUUUAUAAAUGGUUUUAUCGGCCCUAUUACCUGCUGUCACUGCUGAUGACCCUGGCGUUUCCACUCGUGCGCCGCUGUCCGGGACUGUGCGAGCAUUUGCCCUCUCAGAGAGAAGACAACAACUCAUGCGCCUUCGACUGGAGGGAGGUGGAGAUUUUAAUGUUUCUCAGUGCCAUUGUCAUGAUGAAGAACCGCAGAGCCAUAACAGUGGAGCAACACAUAGGGAAUAUAUUUCUCUUCAGUAAGGUGGCGAACGUGGUGCUGUUCUUCCGAGUGGACCUGAGACUUGGCCUUCUCUACCUCACGCUGUGUGUGGUGUUCUUGAUCACAUGUAAACCACCGAUCCACAUGGGCCCCGAGUACAUCAAAUACUUCAGUGACUCAACUAUAGAUGAAGAACUGCAAAGGGACGGUCGUGAGACAUGGAUUGUUGAGUUUUAUGCCAACUGGUCUCCAGAGUGUCAGUCAUUUGCCCCCAUUUUUGCUGACCUAUCACUUAAAUACAGCUGCUUAGGACUCAAAUUUGGAAAAGUGGACAUUGGACAAUACGGAGCAGUUGCCGAGAGGUAUAAGGUAAACCCCUCGCCUCUCUGCAAGCAACUGCCCUCCCUGUUGCUACUGCAGAGUGGCCGAGAACUCAUGCGACGCCCUCUGGUGGACAAGAAGGGACGGGCCAUUGGGUGGAGCUUCACUGAGGAAAACAUCAUUCGAGAGUUCAAUCUCAAUGAGAUAUUCCAAAAAUAUAAGAAACUCAGCAAGGGAGAGAAGUCUGAGGAACCAAAGCCUCCCCUGCAGGAGGAUCCUGAAGAAGAGGAGCUAGUCGGCCCUCAUGAAGAAGAGGAGGAGGAGCCAGAGAGCAAAAAAGACAAAUAAGACAGAACUGAACCG